GCAAACCUGGUCGUACGACUGGUCUUCGCAAACGACGAUAUAGCUGAGGCUCACAGCCUAAGCUUGGACCUUGCAUUCGUCCCCAACAUGGCUGUCGCGAAACAAGACACCUCCGAGCUGAACCCGAAAACUCGUGGCUACGAAUUCUUCGGGCCCCCAGGCGCGCUGUUCGUCACACUCAGCGUGCCGCUCACGACCUACGGUCUGUACUACACCUGUUCCGAGACCUCCGGCGGCUGCCCUCCGCCGCUCUCUCUGCUACCCUUGCGUUUCUUGGACGCGGUAGGCGACGUCGAGUUCUGGAAGAGCCUAUGGGAUACGAAGGCUGCGGCUAUCUACUUUGGCUGGUAUGCAUUCUGCGUGCUCGCCUGGGCGAUCAUACCCGGGGACUGGGUUGAGGGCGUGACGAUGCGGAACGGGGAGAAGAAGAAGUACAAAAUCAACGCAUUCUCGACCUUCCUGUUCGCGAUGGGCAUCACCGCCGGUAUAAUUUGGCGAUUCGGAGCUGGCUCAUUCACCUUCUUCUACGAACGCUGGAUUGGCUUCUGCACUGCCGCUCUCCUGAACUCAGCCAUUCAAGCUGUCUACGUUUACCUCGCGUCCUUCCGGUCAGGCAAGCUGCUGGCGCUAGGGGGAAACACGGGAAACGUGAUUUACGACUUCUUCAUUGGCCGGGAACUGAACCCAUCCAUCGGUUCCUUCGACAUCAAGUCCUUCAACGAGUUACGCCCGGGUUUGAUCCUAUGGGUCCUCAUCGAUAUCAGCAUGGCUUGCGAACAGGCUGUAAGGAACGGAGGCAGGAUUACGGACUCGAUGUGGCUCGUGCUGCUGUUCCAGAUCGGCUACGUUGCGGAUGGUCUCUACAACGAGCCUGCGAUCUUCACCACUAUGGACAUCACCACGGACGGCUUCGGCUUCAUGUUGUCCGUCGGCGAUUUGCUUUGGGUGCCGUUUGUGUACUCGCUUCAAGCUCGUUACCUUGCGUUCAACCCCAUCGAGCUCGGUCCUAUCUGGACUGCCGCGAUCUUCUUCGUGAACGCAUUGGGAUACUACAUCUUCCGAGACGCGAACGGCGAAAAGAACGACUUCCGAAACGGCAGGAAUCCGAAGAAUCUGAAGUACUUCACCACCGAAAGCGGCUCGAAGCUCCUCACCUCCGGAUGGUGGGGUUUAUCCAGGCAUCCGAACUACUUCGGCGACCUGUUGAUGGCGCUCGCGUGGUCAUUGCCGACCGGCUUCAAUACACCCAUCACGUAUUUCUACGUGAGCUACUUCGCGGUGCUGCUCAUGCACCGCCAGUUGCGCGACGACGAGAACUGCGAGAAAAAGUACGGCAAGGACUGGCACAAGUACAAGCAGCUGGUUCCUUACAGAAUCAUCCCCUAUAUCUACUAAUCAAUUGUCUCUUUUGGCUGGCGGCACGUUGAAUUACUCUGGUUCCCUAUUGUGUAAUGCUGUCUGGUAUUCGUAGCACGGACAAUUGAAUCGGUAUCUAAGUUGCAUCAUCC